GGGACGUCCGGUCGGCAGUCAUAUUCGCACAGCAUUAGCGGCAGCAGGCACAAGCAGCAGACAUGAAGGUCACACUAGCGAUAGCAGCGGCGGCCUUGUUCGUCGCCAUGGCAACCACAGUGGACGCCGCAUCGGAGUGUACUCCAGGAACCACGAAGAAGGAAGACUGCAACACUUGUAGGUGCACUCCAACAGGCGUCUGGGUCUGCACGCGCAAAGGGUGUGUUACCAAGAGAGAGGCAGAGGAGUCGCCCAUCGUGAAGCGGGAAGCCCAGAGCUGUACACCCAACUCUACCUUCAAGAAGGACUGCAACACGUGCACGUGUAACAGCAGUGGGACGUCCGCCAUCUGCACACAACUGGGAUGUCUCAGCCGCGGCCGUAGACAGGUGAACUGCACUCCGGGAACGACCUUCAAGAACAAGUGUAACACCUGCCGCUGCGGUUCCAACGGUAGGAGUGCCAGCUGCACAUUGAAGGCGUGUCCUCCUGGCUCGUAUCGGCAGCGGGCAGAAGCAGCACCAACAGAUAUGAAGGUCACACUAGCGAUAGCAGCGGCGAUCUUGUUCGUCGCCAUGGCAACCAAUGUGGACGCCGCAUCGGAGUGUACUCCAGGAACCACGAAAAAGGAAGACUGCAACACUUGUAGGUGCACUCCAACAGGUGUCUGGGUCUGCACGCGCAAAGGAUGUGUUACGAAGAGAGAGGCAGAGGAGUCGCCGAUCGUGAAGCGGGAAGCCCAGAGCUGUACACCCAACUCGACCUUCAAGAAGGACUGUAACACGUGCACGUGUAACAGCAGUGGGACGUCCGCCAUCUGCACUCAGCUGGGAUGUCUCAGCCGCGGCCGUAGACAGGUAAACUGCACACCUGGAACGACCUUCAAGGACAAGUGUAACACCUGCCGCUGCAGUUCCAACGGCAGGAGCGCCGCCUGCACCUUGAAAGCGUGUCCUCCUGGCUCGUACGGUGUACUCCAGGAGAAAAGAAGAAGGAAGACUGCAACACUUGUACGUGUACUGCAACAGGUGUCUGGGCCUGCACGCGCAGAGGAUGUAUUACGAAGAGAGCGGCAGCAGGCAGAAGCAGCAGACAUGAAGGUCACACUAGCGAUAGCAGCGGCGGUCUUGUUCGUCGCCAUGGCAACCCCAGUGGACGCCGCAUCGGAGUGUACUCCAGGUGACACGAAGAAGGAAGACUGCAACACUUGUAGGUGCACUCCAACAGGCGUCUGGGUCUGCACGCGCAAAGGAUGUGUUACGAAGAGAGAGGUGAACUGCACUCCGGGAACGACCUUCAAGAACAAGUGUAACACCUGUCGCUGCGGUUCCAAUGGUAGGAGUGCCAGCUGCACCUUGAUGGCCUGUCCCCCUGGCUCGUAUUAACCAGCGUUCAUUCUUGAAGAUGACGGACUAUCCGAGAAGUUCUCUCCAGUUCAAACGCAGCAACGCCAUUUUAGUGGACCUCCUUCUUUUAUCUCUGCAGCAGAUUAUUUUCAUCUUAUUACAAUUUAUGAUUUGUAAUUCUCUUAUCGCAUUCAAGCAUGAAAAAUAAACACAAUGAUUGUAAUCCGUCUAAUACAAAGUUUGUUUCACAGACAACACUUUAUUUAUAUUGUAUGUAAAUGCAGUAUUAUAUGUUUUAAUUUUC